GCACAAGGUAAAAAUUGACUUUGGAGAAACAAGAGAAGAAGAGAAAGCGGAAACAGCAAGAGGAUACGAACGUGUUCGCGCCAAGCAAGCAAGCCACUGCUGCACGCAAGCUGAGAUGUCUGUGGCAGGGAGCUGGCAGCGGCUUCGGCUGCACACAGUGGACCAAGACCAACUGGGUGAGAGCGAUCUGCGGGUACACAUGUCUGCCGCGGACGUGCUGUUGGCGCUGACGAGCACGACAAGCGCGGACCGGGAGGUGCUCAAGGCAGACCACGACCUGCUGUACCACCGAUACGCAGACGUCGUGGACGCGCGCCCCAUCCCAAAGAUGCAGCCCAUCCAGACCUCCUACAUCACCUUGCACGACAUCAAGGCCAUGGCACAGGAAAAGCAACAGCAACGGCAACGCGAGGAGGAGGAGCAGCAGCAGCAGCACGAAGGAGACGACAACGGCGUCAUGGACACCAGCACUGACAAUGCCGAGCAGCCGCCGAAGCAGUGGGAUUGGACGUUCCUGGGACCCGUGCAACAGCAGCCACCGCCACCACAACGCCCACAGCAGCCACAACAGCAACAACCGCGCCAACUGCCGCCAAACGUGCGCGAGGAGCUGCUGCACCUGAAGCGGGAGAAUGCGAAGAUGACGCGUGCCCUAUCCACGAUGCAGGCCAAGGAGGCCGCGUUACAGGAGCGCGUGCGGCACCUCCAGCGCGAGAACGCAGAGGCUGCAACCAAACGCGCAAAGCGCGCCAACGAGUAUCCAGGUCCGUCCAGUCACCACCACAACUACCAUAACCAGCACCAGCACCAGCACCAACACCCUCGCGCCUUCCACGGCAGGUCACGGAGCAGGGGUGCUGGUGACGACGACGAUGACGACGGCGACCACGCGCGAUCAGCGUCGCCAUUCCUCACAGCAGCAGAGCAGCUGCAUCGGGACCAGGCGAAGAAGCGUGGCAAUGGAAAUAGUGGUGGUGGUGGUGGCGGUAUGGGCGGUGCACGGCGCCCAGGCCUCUCCCGCCCACCCGGCAGGAAGUCAGUCAAGUCCAGCUUCGUGUCGCCAUUUCGACAGGACGAACGAAACAGCAGCAGCAGCGGUGGGCAGCGACGACGACCAAACGACAGCACAAACAGUAGCGGCGGUGGCGAUCAGAGCCGGUUCCUGAAGAACGUGGACGAAGCGCUGGUGGAGCGCAUUCGAAGCGAAAUCAUGGAACACAACCCAAACAUUGCGUGGGACGACAUUGCCGGUUUGGAGGAGGCAAAGCGCGCCAUCCAGGAGAUGGUGGUCUGGCCCAUGAUGCGCCCCGACCUGUUCAAAGGGCUGCGUGCCAUGCCCAAGGGCGUGCUGCUGUUUGGACCCCCAGGAACAGGCAAGACCCUCAUCGGCAAGUGUAUCGCAAGCCAGUCCAAGGCAACGUUCUUCUCUGUCAGCGCUUCCUCCCUCACGUCAAAAUGGAUUGGGGAGGGCGAGAAGUUGGUGCGGGCGCUGUUUGCGGUGGCGCGCGAGUCACUGCCAUCAGUCAUCUUCAUCGACGAGAUUGAUUCGUUGUUGACGCAGCGGGUGGAGGGCGAGCACGAGAGCUCCCGCCGCAUCAAGACUGAAUUCCUCGUCCAGCUGGACGGCGCGUGCACGACAAAGGAGGAGCAGCUGCUGAUUAUCGGCGCAACAAACCGGCCGCAGGAGCUUGAUGAGGCUGCGCGGCGGCGACUGGUGCGACGGCUGUACAUCCCGCUGCCGGACAAGAGCGCACGGCGGCAGAUUGUGGUCAACCUGCUGUCCCAGGACCAGGCAUACACGCUCUCCGACACCGAUCUUGAUGCCAUCUGCGACAUGACGAGUGGAUACUCCGGGUCUGAUAUGGACUACCUCUGCAAGGAAGCGGCGCUGUGCCCGAUUCGUGACAUCAAGGACAUCAAUAUGAUCUCCUCAGCAGACGUGCGGCCCAUCUGCCUGGACGACUUUCGACAGGCGGCGCGACAGGUGCGGCCCAGCGUGUCGCAGGCCCAGAUCAACGCAUACGUCGAGUGGGACCAGCAGUUUGGCUCGCACCUCGGAUCCGCGUGACAAGCACGACUCUAGGGUACAGUGGAGAAUGGGUGGCGGUGGUGCGUGUGAUGUACAUGAUUGAAUGCACUGAAAGUAAAGACGUAAGCGAGAGCGCA